AUGUCUCUACCUGAGCGGCCUGGGGCUACUAGCCCCAACUAUAAUCGCCGAGCCAGCUAUCGAAACCCGCCGGCAUCGCGACGCGCGCGACCCUCGGACAUCGAAGCUGGCGUAUACGAGACGUCUUCCAUUUCGGGACAUCAUCGUGGGAAAUCCGUCUCCUCAUAUGCAGAGACAAUUUCGAACUCUAAUGUGAAUACAGAGAGCAUGCCUCUGUCGCCCACCGAGCCCUCGUCCGGGAGGACUCCUGAUCCUGCCUUCACGCGCAAGAGGAGCCUCAUCAGACCGGAGAGGAACCGCAUCGACAAAGAGCACAGGAACUACCACUACCACCGCCAUGCCGCCAACAUGAACGUCUUGCCGUCUUCCACGGGAAAUGACCCUUUGCUGGAAAAUCUGGCGGCAUCAACAGAGCGAUCUGCCAACACUGAAAGCGUUUCCGACGAGACUCCUCGCCCUUCCCGGAGCCGAACGGCUAGCGGAGACCACGAGAAGAGUGGUGUCAAGGUCAAAACCUCGCAGCGCAAGUCAUCGGGCAAAAUCACAAAAGAAAACAGCAAGCGAUCUUCGAAACGCAAGUCCAAGCCUGUGGAGGACCAAGUCCGACCGCCAAGCUUCUGGAACGUCUACUGCGCGAUUGUGACUUUCUGGUGCCCCGAUUUCAUCCUUGGGUGCUGCAAACCAACCAGAGCUCAGCGCCGAGCAUGGAGAGAAAAGAUGGGCUUGAUCAGCAUCAUCUUGGCAAUCAUGGCCAUAGUUGGUUUCGUUACGUUCGGAUUUACUGCUGCCGUUUGCGGCUCGCCUCCAGUUCGACUGCGUGUCAAUGAAGUCUCUGGAGGGUACAUGAUUUUCCACGGAGUGGCCUACGACUUGUCCAACUCUCACCAUCCUGCUGCAGAGGGUAUUCCGUUGGAACAGAAUGGUCUUGGUGCUAAUGUCUUGUUUGACCUUCCCGAGAAGCACUCUGGAGACGAUGGCAGCUUUCUCUUCCAAAACGUCAAUGGUAACUGCAAGGGCCUCAUCACUCGUGCUGAAGGCUCUGAUGUCCCUACCGACGAUUCUGGCAACCUGGCUUGGUAUUUUCCAUGCACAACUUUCAAGCAAGAUGGGUCUUCUACCCCCAACUUGACCAUCCCGUACUACCUUGGAUAUGCGUGCCAUACCUCGGUCAAUGCCCGAGACGCAUUCUAUCUCGAUCUUCACGGCACGGCGGAUGUAUACUUCACAUGGGAUGAUAUCAAGAACAGCUCUCGCAACCUCAUCUCUUAUUCUGGUAGCGUCUUGGACCUUAAUCUUCUCAACUGGUUCAAUGAGAGCCAGGUCCAGAUCCCUGAUCGUUUCAAGGAGCUCCGAGACACAUCUUCCGAUGUCAACAAGGCUAUUCGUGGUCGCGAUGUGACACGCAUGUUCCAGUCUUCGUCUGACAAGAAGAACAUGCAGUGCUUCGAAGAUAUUAUCAAGGUUGGCUCCAUCGAUACCGAGACUGUCGGCUGCAUCGCUUCCAAGGUUGUGCUCUACUGCGCCCUGGUUUUGAUUCUCUCUGUCGUCGGAGCAAGAUUCGCUCUGGCCCUCAUUUUCCAAUGGUUCAUCAGCCGCAACUAUGCUGCCGCCAAGACAUCUCAGAGCUCUGACCGAAGAAAGCGUAAUCGCCAGAUUGAAGAUUGGUCUGAGGAUAUUUAUCGUGCUCCUGUUCGACUUCCCGGCGAUGGCAGCACGGUUGUCACCUCGGAUAGAAGCAAGCGAGCAUCCUCUUUCCUACCCACCACGUCACGAUUUUCUGGUGUCUCUGGACCGGAUCGAAGCUCUUCAUCUCGUCGAGUUCCCACCACAAUGGCUAGCCAAGGUGGCUCUAGUUCUCUGUACCCUCCUGCUCCCAUGUAUAAGCAGGGCAACGACAGCCGUGUGAGCUUCCUUCGUUCAGACCCAUACGGCCCGGGCACCAUCUCUGAAGGCCCCGGACCAGCUGGCUUUAUCCAUGACGCCGUUGUCCCCCAGCCUCCCGCUGACUGGAUGCCCUUUGGAUUUCCUCUUGCGCACACCAUGCUCCUGGUUACAGCCUACUCUGAGGGAGCGGAAGGCAUUCGAACUACUUUGGACUCCAUCGCCACUACAGAUUACCCCAACAGCCACAAAGUCAUCGUUGUUAUUUGUGAUGGCAUCAUUACAGGCGCGGGUGAGACUGUAUCAACUCCGGAUGUCUGUGUAAGCAUGAUGAAAGAUUUCUCUAUUCCCGCCGAACUGGUAAAGCCGUAUUCCUAUGUUGCUGUAGCAAGUGGAUCUAAACGACACAACAUGGCCAAGGUAUACUGCGGAUUCUACGACUAUGGGUCUUCGUCUCGAAUUCCAGCGGAUAAACAACAGCGGGUGCCCAUGAUUACAAUUGUCAAGUGUGGCACUCCUGCAGAGGAAAAGGGAUCCAAGCCUGGCAACCGAGGCAAGCGUGACAGUCAGAUCAUUCUCAUGUCAUUCCUACAAAAAGUCAUGUUUGACGAGCGAAUGACGGAGCUUGAAUAUGAGAUGUUUAAUGGAUUAUGGAAAGUCACCGGCAUCUCUCCGGACUACUAUGAAAUUCUGCUCAUGGUAGACGCCGAUACAAAGGUUUUCCCUGACAGUCUUACUCACAUGGUUUCCGCUAUGGUCAAGGAUCCGGAUAUCAUGGGUCUUUGUGGCGAGACCAAGAUUGCCAACAAACGAGCCAGCUGGGUGUCUGCCAUUCAAGUGUUCGAGUACUUUGUCUCUCAUCAUCUCGCCAAGUCCUUUGAAUCUGUCUUUGGUGGUGUUACCUGUCUGCCUGGCUGUUUCUGCAUGUAUCGUAUCAAGGCGCCAAAGGGAGGGCAAAACUAUUGGGUUCCAAUUUUGGCCAACCCUGACAUUGUGGAGCACUAUUCGGAAAAUGUGGUCGAGACCCUUCACGAGAAGAACUUGUACCUCCUCGGUGAGGAUCGUUAUCUGACUACACUCAUGCUGCGGACUUUCCCCAAGCGAAAGCAGGUCUUUGUUCCCCAAGCUGUUUGCAAGACUACGGUUCCAGAAGAAUUCAUGGUUCUAUUGUCACAGCGGCGUCGCUGGAUUAACUCCACCGUUCAUAACCUUAUGGAGCUGGUUCUAGUCCGCGAUCUCUGUGGCACCUUUUGUUUCAGUAUGCAGUUUGUUGUCUCUGUCGAACUCAUUGGUACUCUUGUGCUUCCAGCAGCCAUCGCCUUUACCUUUUAUGUCGUUAUUACAUCCAUCAUUCAACGCCCCCCGCAGAUUAUACCGUUGGUGCUCCUGGGUCUCAUCCUUGGUCUUCCUGGUGUUCUCGUCAUCGUCACCGCACACUCUUGGUCCUACAUCGUUUGGAUGCUCAUCUACCUCCUGUCUCUCCCCGUUUGGAACUUUAUCCUCCCGGUCUAUGCCUUCUGGAAGUUUGACGACUUCUCGUGGGGUGAAACUCGCAAAACUGAUGGUGAUAAGAAGGGCGGCGGCCACGGAGAGAGCAAAGGAGAAUUUGACAGCAGCAAGAUUACGAUGAAGCGAUGGGCUGAGUUUGAGCGAGACAAGCGUGCGAAGAGCGCCUACUGGGGAUCGAGGGAGAACGUCGUCAGUGGUGGUACCAAUAGCUGGGCGAUGCCUCCUCCUGGUCACCACAGCGAAGAGUACUUUUCCGACGCGUAAUCCGAAGCACUUACGGGCAUAAUGAUGAUGCUGAUUAAUAAUAUCGUGUCUUUUUUUUUCCUAAUAUUUUUUUGAAUAACGAAAUACAUAUGGGUAAUGUCCGCAUAUUUUACAAAAGGCUCGCACACACAUUUUACUUGCGCAUAUGCUUCGGAGAAAAUCUUAUUUGCCGUUGUAUCUAUCCUUUUGCCCAAGUUGAACUGGGAUGUUCUUUCAUAUUCAUGUCUUUGCUCUUCAUGGGUGAGAAGGAGAUGUUUGAUGGCUUUUAAUGACUGCAAUUGCUAUUUAGAGAAGAUUAUGUGACACAGAAGAGGUAAAGAGGAGGUAAAGAGGAGGUAAAGAGGAGGAGCAGCAAGAGAGCAUUUUUUUGGGGAGGAAAUGAGCGUCAGAUUUUUUGUAAUAGGCGGGCGAUUGAUCAUUCAUUUGAGCGUUGACUUGACUGAAUGAGAUGAUUGGUUGAUGAACUUUGUUGUACAUAAUUAUAUUAUUGUUAUUGAUGUCGUCUGGCUGGAGCUCUGCGCGAAUAUUGUUAUGUAUGAGGCCUACAAUCUUUGAUCUUGUUACUCUUUACUGC